AUGCGUUUGAUAUUAACUUUAGUAUUAGCUGCCCUGCCGCUUUUGAUCCUCGCCGAUGACCCUCCAUAUACGGUACACUGUACUGACGAAAAUCAGACAUGUAAAACCGCCCAAUUGACGACACUCGGUGGAGGAGUCAUCUUUUUCAGUCGACGAGUUCCCUACCACCCGACCGAAAUGAUAGCUCUUCUACUCAAGUUUAUCGGAUGA